UGCAACACUCGCAAUCGCCAUACGUGCCAGAAGUUUACUUACCUGCGACAGUCUUCUUCAUUCCUCAUCUUCCCGCCGGGUCGUGGCCAUUUUAAAAAGCAUUAGUUAACAAACCCUAGGUUCUCGAGGGUAACUCCAAAUCUGUCUCUCGAGAUCGCUGUUCUUUCAGCCUCUAAUCUAAUGAAUUUUGAUUUUGGAAUCAAUUGAUGGGUAGAGAGUAUCAUGGAAGCAGUAAUUCCACGAAGAAUUCUAAAAAGCAAGAAAGUGGAAGGAAAGUAGUUGAGUCAUGUGUCACAAAGAAAAGCGUGCAGAAUGUUCGAAAGAUAAAGUCCGAAGGAUUUCUUUUGAAGCGAAGAGUUAGCCCUAGACUAAAGAGCAUACCAGAAGACAAGAGACCAUAUUAUGGCAGUGCUCAGAGAAGGCGAUUGAAUUUUUCUAAAGAUUUCUGCAGCAGAAAAUUUGAAGAUGAUAAUCAGAAAACGCAAUCUAACUCUGGUGAAGGUAAUGCUGGCCCUGACAAAGCUAAAGUUGAUGUUACUGCAAGAAGGAAACUCAUGCAACAUGCUCCCAAGUUAAGGCCAGAGGGACUUCUUUCGUCGCGAAGAGUUAGCCCUAGAUUCAGAGAUAUACCUGCAGACAAAAGGCCAUAUUAUGGAUGUGCUCAGAGGCGGCAUUCACAUGAUUCUAAAUAUAGAUGUGAGAAAGAAACUGAAGAUAAUAAUUGUAAGAGGCAAUUGUAUUCUCCUAUAGAUGGUUCGAGCGCGGGAAGAACUAAGGCUGGCUUUACCAUGGCAAAGAUUGCUGUAAAUCAAGUUCAAAAAAUAAGGUCAGAUUUGUGUCUUUUGGAGCAAAGUCUUAUCCCAAGACUUGAAAGCAUACCUGCAAAUAAAAGACCAUGUUAUGGUAGAGAUGAAAGGAGGCAGCUGGGGGCUACUGAAGAUGACCGAAAAAACAAAGAUGAUCACCGAAUGAGGCUACUAUGCACUCCUGAUGAUAAUGCUAGUGAGCAAAAAAUUAAAAUUGAUCACACUAUGCAAGAAUGCUUACUUCAUGUCAAUAGAAAAGAAGCAGAAGAUAGAAGUACUGAAAGUGACUCCAUUAAUGGUACAGAUAUUUUGCAUUUAGAACAUGCGGCUUAUUUGGAAUGGACAAGUUGUGAAAGUUUUGGAGAUGAUAGAAUGCAUCAAAUGUCUGGUGCAAUGGCACGAGAGGUAGUGGUGGGCCUGAUGGCUGUUUCUCCUUUGAUGUUAACAUACAAAGAUGGCAUUAAUUUUGGGGAGAAUUCUUGUGAGGAAAAAAAUGGAAAUGAAGCGUUUGAUAUUUCCAAGAGAAACAAUAUUGUGCAACAAUAUCAACAGAUAAAUUCCAAAAUAGUUCUUUUGAAGCGAAGAGUUAGUCCAAGACUUAAAGAUAUACCCAAAGAUAAAAGACCAUAUUAUGGCAGUAACAGGAUGGGGCAGUUAAAUGCUGCUAAGGGAUAUAUCUGCAAAAGCAGUGAUCAGAAGAGGCAAUCAUAUUCUCCAAAAGAUAACACCACUGACAAAAAAACUGAACUUGAUUUCUCAAUGCAAGAGUGCCUAGUUAAUAUGGCUUGGAAAGAUGUAGACAAUAGAGACAGUGAAAGCAGACUAACCCCUGGUUCUGGACCUGUUAAAUAUGGAAAAACAGAAAUUUGGGAUUUAGAAAAUGGUGAGUAUUUGAAAGCACUGGACUGCAAUAAGUUUUUAUCUGAUCGUAUUUGUCGAAAGUCUGGCGCAAGGGUAAAACAGACAGUAAAGGCGCUCCGCAGACAUUAUCCUUACUUGGAACAGGAUUGUUUUGAACCGGAAAGGAUGUCUAAAGGCUCUUCUAUAUUACCAGGCUUGGUGUGCGAAGACCUUUCUUAUGGUGAAGAAGAUAUACAUAUUCCUGUUACCAAUAUAAUUGAUCCUCCAAUUGCACCUGCAGGAUUUAAAUAUACAAACACCACUGAAGUUGCAAGAAAUGUGAGCAUUCCUCCAAGUCCUCCUGGAUGCAAUUGCAAAGGAAAUUGUACUAAUCCCAAAUCUUGUUCUUGUGCUAGACUAAAUGGUUCUGACUUUCCAUAUGUGAGCCAAGAUGGUGGCAGAUUGAUUGAACCAAAGGAUGUAGUGUUUGAAUGUGGUCCAGGGUGUGGAUGUGGACCAAACUGCAUCAACCGUAUAUCUCAGAGAGGGUUGAAGUACAGGCUUGAGGUAUACCGUACAAGGAACAAAGGAUGGGCUGUUAGGUCUUGGGACUUCAUUCCUUCUGGUGCUCCGGUAUGUGAAUAUAUAGGUGUUCUUAGGAGGAGCGCAGAUUUGGAUAAUGUAUCUGAGAACGACUUCAUAUUUGAGAUUGAUUGCUGGCAUACAAUGAAUGGCUUAGGGGGAAGAGAGAGGCGACAAGGUGAUGUACCCCUACAUGCACGUAAUCUUGUGGAGAAAAUGGAUGAAGCAGGAAGCGAGACAGAGUUUUGUAUAGAUGGAGGUUCCUCCGGUAAUGUUACCAGAUUUAUUAAUCAUAGCUGUGACCCUAACCUAUUUGUCCAGUGUAUUUUGAGCUCCCACUAUGACAUUAGACUUGCUCGAAUUGUGCUAUUCGCUGCAGAUGACAUACCUCCUAUGGAGGAACUUACGUAUGACUAUGGAUACGAGCUCGAUAGUGUUAUUAGUCCUGAUGGGAAAGUGAAAAAAUUACCGUGCUAUUGCGGUACAAGUGAAUGUCGGGGGCGUUUGUACUAGCAGGCCAAAAGUUACUAAAUUCAGGUUAUAUUCUAUACACCAAGCAUUGUUGUUGUUGUUGUUGUUGUUCAUCAUCUUCUUAUUUGAAAUAAUUGACUUCGGAGUAGGUUUUUCAUUUAAGAUAGUUUUUUUUUUCUCAAGUUGGGCGUUAUUAGGUAAGUGGGUGCCUCUUGAAAAAGUGAACUGUAAAUUUUAUUCCUUCAACCUCUUGUUAUUAGGUGAACGGGUGCCCCUUGGAAAACUGAACUGUAAAUUUUAUUCUAUGUGAAUUUUAACCUCCUUUCCCUUUAUUUGCACAUAACAAUUUACUUCCUGGGUCAUGCCCAGCUGUGUUUCAUUAA